AAGCUAAAAAAAUGUUUGUUUUUUUUAUGAAGAUGUGUGGUAUUUAUUUGUGCCCUUCACCAUGACACCCCUAAGUAAAAUCCAAGGCUACUAAUAGAAAGUAUCUGAGGAGUGACUCUGGUAGGGGGUGGCGACGUGUCUGAAAAACAUAACGUGUUAUCAUAUCAGCUCAAAUGAGUAACGUAAGUGUAAGGGUUUGGUUUUUUUAACUGCGUCAGUAAGUAAUAUUCAAGCAUCUAAAGUACUUAGUAAAACAUUCUUUCGCUGUUAUGAUCUGAUUUAUAGUCCUCAAUUGUGCUGCAUCCUCUUUGCAAUACAAAUAUGCACAAUAUUCAUACUGCAAAGUGAAUAUUUUGAACGCAGCAGUGGUUCGCUGUGGCACUGUGUGUCAGAAAUGAACAUUUUCAUUGUCGUCUUGUUGGAUGACGCCUGAUCGCAAUGUUUUUGCAACAUUUAACUCUAAUAUUGUUUUGAUUUUCUAAUAUUGUGUCCCUAUAGCCAGACUACAGCUUGGGUGACACUGUUAUCUCCCAAAUCUUUUCGUUUGCUCCACACACUGCAGGUUUACAAUCCCAAAAGAAGACAAGAAAGGCUUAGAUCGUGAAGAGACCACAAUGUAUCUGGUCACCAUUGUGAUCUUCUUGGCCUUUUGACUGUGCUUUCUUUCUUUCUUUUAUUUAUUUAUUUUUGUUUGUGUUCCACACAAGUGGAAAUCAAGCCGUCCACAGUCAGACAGAGGCAGAUUUAGCUUGGCCGUCCGCCACGUUGUUGUAAUUUGCUCCGUUCAGAGAUAAGGACAAAGGAGCAGCUGGUUUUGUCGAGGCUUGCUGACCAGGAAAUCGACCUUUAUCUGUGAAGGAAAUUACUAUUUGUUCCAGGAUCUCUUCAACAAUAUAGGGUUCCCAGUCGUGUGUGGGAUGUUAACGGACUGGAGGCGCGUUGAGGCUGAAGGAGCAUGGUGAAGCACCAACCCUUACAGGUCUACGAGAAGCAGGUCCUUCUGUCUUUGGUCACCGGGAUCUACGGUUGCCGCUGGAAACGCUACCAGCGUUCCCAAGACGAGAGCUCCAAGUGGGAGUGUGCAUGGUUCACCAUCCUGAGUAGUUCCUUCCUUCUCCUUCUCUUUUGGACCUACUUCUGGUUGGUGGCUCAGAAUGAUUUCAAUGACUUCAACUGGUCGGUGUACAAUCACUCUGGGGAGUGGAGGGACGAGACCAUUCCCAUCGUCACCUCCACCACUGUGGGAUUCAUCUAUAUCACAUUCCUCCUGAUUUUGGCACUUUUCCACAUAUCCUUGGGUCAACAGCUCAAUCUCUACUGGGUUCACAAGAUUGGAGUACUGGCAACUCUACUCACCAUUGUCUCUGGUUUUGUCUCUGUCGAUGACGUCUGGGGAAAUGAGUGGGAAAUUAUUCUUGUUUCACUUCAGUUCACGGCUCCUUUCCUGCACAUCGGAGGCCUGGUCACACUCACAGCUGUGAGCUGGUUGAUAGCUGGCUAUGUGGUUCGCAAAGAGAGAUCCAAUUUCCAGGUGACUGUGUUGGCGAUCUACAUUCUAGCCCUCCUGGCUCUUUGCCUUGCACCUCUCACCUUCACCUGCCCCUGCAUUAUGGACCGUCAUGUCCUCAAACCACCACCGGUCAUUAUUGGUCGACGGGGAGCUCCUAUGCUGGCCCCUGAAAACACCAUGAUGUCGUUUAGCAGAGCCCUGCAGCACGGAGCCAGCUCUCUGGAAGCAGACGUCACCAUCAGUGUGGAUGGAGUUCCUUUCCUCAUGAGGGACCACACCUUAAGACGGACCACAGACGUCAGUAAGGUCUUCCCCUCCAGAGAGCAUGAGGACGCCUCCUUCUUUAACUGGACAGAGAUUCACUCUUUAAAUGCAGGCCACUGGUUUUUGGAGAGUGACCCCUACUGGACGGUGAAAACCCUGAGCCCAAAGGAUCGCAGCCGGAUAGGAAACCUGACGAUUUGCAGCCUGGUAGAGAUGCUCCGUCUGGCAGCCAGGGCCAACAGCUCCGUGCUGCUCAACAUCCGGAAGCCUGCGCCGGAGCACCCGCGCUUCCGCAGCUGGUUCAUGGACACGUUGUGGACGCUGCAGAAAGCAGGGAUUUCCCACCGAAAGGUGACAUGGGCCCCUGACACGGAUAGAGGACGGGUGCGAGGUCUUCUGCAGACAACGAACGAGAAGCUGUCAGUGGAGGAGAUAAGGCACCGAGGAAUUACAAGUCUGACCAUCCACUACAGAAAGAUCAGCCACCACGACAUUCAGGUUUAUCUGGCUCACAAUGUGAGCGUGACUGUCUACCCUGUGAAUGAGCCCUGGCUCUACUCCAUCCUGUGGUGCAGCGGGGUGCCUUCCGUGUCUUCUGACGCCCCUCAAGUUCUUCAAAAAGUGCCUUACCCCGUCUGGCUCAUGAGUCACAGUGCUUACAACUUCAUCUGGAUCUCUUCAGACCUCGUCUCUGUCGCUGUCAUCAUGGGGAUUUUCUUUUUCCAGAACUAUCAUAUGAUCAGGUGGAAGAUAAGCGGCAUGCAGAACUACAACCCAGAGCAGAUCAUGCUGAGCGCGGUGGUACGACGGCCCAGUCGAGACGUCAACAUCAUGAAGGAGAAGCUCAUUUUCUCAGAGUUGAACAGCGGGCUGGGCAGCACGGAGGAGCUGUCUCUGUAUCCUGAGAACGGCCAUGCUAGAUAUUCCCAUGGAGGCCUCAGCUGCUGAGCGACACAGGCGGCUACAGGAACGGCGUGGAUUUCAGCUGCUUCAGAUUUCGUACUCUGAACGCGCUUCCCGACGGAGCAGACAAGAAUGUAUCCCUGCAGUGGUAGUGAAAUCACUAGCGUGUAGCUACCAUCACAAGCAUAAAUCAGUUGUCUCGCUAGUUUAAGUGUUAUAACGCUGUUUUUUUUUAAAGAUCACUUUAAUGUUGUUCAUUUUAAACCACAUUCUUUUAACGUAUUGCCAUAUUUCCAUUAAAUCCAGCGUUUUUAUCUAGAAUAAAAAAGGAUAAAAGCGUCAUUAUCAUCACUACCAAAGUACUAAUUUAAAAUAUGAACAGUGUGCAGGUAUGUGCCUAUCACUUCAUGCAAGAAUUAAAGUACCAGCAUACAAAUAACUGACCUUUAAAACAUAAAACAAUAAGACAUGAAACUGAAAUUUAUUUUUUUAUUAUUAUUAUUUAACAAAUUUACCCUAUUUUAAUAAAAAGUAGCCCAAAUAGCUAAAACAUGAAAAUGAAUCCCCUACAGUGUACAGGGGACCCCCUAAGUGAAUAGCUGAAAUCCACACACACUGGAGGCUCCCUCGAGAAAUACUGACCACUGCCUAUUUUAAUAGCUCAAACACCAAAUAUAACUUAAUAUGCAUUAAUACUCACCAUGGAAACCGUCUGCACUACUGCAGAAACGUGCAUCUACAAUCAAGGAGACUUAAACUCCUGUUUGUGCUGCUUUCCAAAAGCUAGCUAGUAGCAUGUCGGGUAGCGUUCCACCUAGGCGUCUCAGCUUCCCAACAUGCAUCUUUCUUUUGAAUGUUUUAGAUAUGCUCUACGAAAAAUCCUCACAUAAAUACAUUUUCUGUGAAUAGAUUCUAGAAAGCUUGCACAGAAAACUCCAGGAAUCGGUCAACCUGCAGCUGUGAAUAGGCGGGGGUCCCUCUGUAUUGUUUGUUCUGAGAAAGUUGUACAACAGAUUUUUAUUUAUUUUUUUGUCAGAUUUAUUUCUUUUAAAUCCAAACUACACUGAAGAUUGGAGUCGUUUUUGUUCAUAACUGAUGUAAAUAUAACUUUGUUUUCAGAGGAUUAAAAAAAAAAAAAAAGAUUUCAACAGUAUGAAUUUUACAUUUUAAAUUUGAAUAAUCUCGAUGUUAACUGUGGACUGAGGGGCGAUUUCAUGGUUCAAUGUUCUUUGGGGGCUUUGCGAAGGACGCCAUGAACAUUCGGCCUCUGCCGUCAUGCCAUGAUUGUUUCACACGUAAAGUCCAUUUAGCUGUUGUGACGACUUUCACAUGCUGCCUUUUUGUUACGUGGACGUACAUGUGGAGUAUUUUGACCUCUUAGGGUUUCAUAGCGAUGCUAACUUCAACUUCCAGCGGCUGCUACAAGCUGCAGACGUGAUGAGUGUUUAAUAAAGUUUCUCUUUUCUUCUUA